AUCAAGACUGACCCAGGCAGCGCUGACCCGAGCAAGGAUGAUGCAGGAGACACUUGUCAUAACCGUGCUGGUUCUGGUUGCCUCAGUCCGCUCCGACUCCCAGUUCUACCUGCCCAUCGACUGUGAUGACAUCUAUCACCGUGACAACACAAGUGCCAGUGGGGUGUACACCAUCUACCCAGGAGGCCCAGCUUCACCUUUGAAUGUCUAUUGCGACAUGGAGACCGACGGAGGCAGAUGGACGGUGUUUCAUAGGAGGAUUGACGGGACGGAAAACUUCUACAGGCCCUGGAAAUACUAUAAGACGGGAUUUGGGAAUGUAGCUGGAGAAUAUUGGUUGGGCCUGGAAAACAUCUUAUUGCUGACUAUGAGGAAGAAGAACGAGCUCCGAGUCGACAUGGAAGACUGGGAGCAAGGAGAGGCCUCCGCUCAGUACUCGUCUUUCUCAGUUGACUCAGAGGACAGCGGCUACCAGCUUCAACUGUGGAGCUUCACCGGCGGAAAUGCAGUUUAG